UGGCAAGGAAAGACGCGACCUGAUCAUCAGAUGAGCUGCUCAUGGUGUAUGAGAGGCAGGAGCUGGCAAAAGAGGUUGAAAAUCGCUGGUUCUUUGGGUAGGAAACGGUCGAAUGAGUUGAGAUGGGAAGAAACCUCAAAAUUUGACAAAACUGCUGCUGCUGCUGGUGGCCUGUUCUCUGUCUCUGUGCUCCUUCUCUCUACUGAUAGCUACUGGUACUCGUAUUGCUGCUGUUUUCAUGAGAGGUCCUUCUGUCCUUGUCAUUGGAACAGGCUCCAUCGGCUGUUGCUAUGUGUAUCUACUCACAAAAGGCGGCUGCAAAGUAACAGCCGUCUGUCGCUCCAACUACGAUGCCAUCUCCUCCUCUGGUAUCCACAUUCAGUCGCCUGAGCACGUCUGGGGCAAUGUUCACUGCACUCCCCAUCGUGUAGUCAGAAAAACACAAGAGUGUCAAGAGACAUUUGACUAUGUCCUCGUCUGUGCAAAGACGUUUCCAGAGCGUGCUUCGUUUGUGGAGGACAUCAGACCAGUCUUGGGAAAAGAUACUUUGAUUGUGCUCAUACAGAAUGGUAUUGGUAUUGAAGAACCUUAUCAAGCAGCCUUUCCUGGUCAAGUCAUCUCUGGAGUCGUCUAUCUACCAGUAUCCCAGCCUCAGCCAGGUCAUUGCAGUGUCAAAGGCCCAGAUAUCCUAGAGCUUGGCACCUUCCCCGCCUCUCCUCCUCCUCCUUCGCUCAAACGUCUCGAAUCACGCCUCCUCGCUGGAGGCGCACAUGUUGCUUGUUUUGAAGAUAUCCAAGCACGUCGUUGGAAGAAGAGCAUCAUCAAUGCGUGCUGGAACCCACUCGCUGCACUCUGCUUGAACACAGAUUCAGACUUCAUCCAUUGCCAUCCAGAAGCACCGAAUGUGCUCCGUGCAACCAUGCACGAAGUCGCUGCUGUCGCUACAAAACUCGGCUACCCACUAGGCGACGCCGAGAUUGAGGAGCAAGUGACACGGGCAUUCACAAGAGCCAAGCACGGCACGGGGAUCAAGAUGAGUAUGCUGGCGGAUGUAGAGAAUGGGAGUCCUAUGGAGGUUGAAGCGGUUGUUGGUAAUAUUGUUCGGAUUGCACGAGAGCAAGGGAUCCAGACACCGAGGCUGGAGAUGUUGUGGAUGCUUGCUCAUGCCAAAGACCAGCAUCUUACCGGGAAGAAGCAGUAGCCCCUGUCAAAAAAGCAUAGACAAGAC